UUUCAACGUAGUUACAAGGAAAGUCUAACUGUCUAGGAAAGUAUAACUCUCUAAUAAUAUACACUUUUAAUCACUUCUAGGACCUCAUCUGAAAGUAAUAGCAACUAUGUCUGUAGGAUACGACCAUAUUGAUCUCGAAGAAUGUAAGAAAAGGAAUAUUGCUGUGAGCAACACUCCUCAUGUGUCUACAGAUUCCGUAGCCGAAUUCACCGUUCUACUUAUGCUUGCUGUUGGAAGACGUUUAUUUGAUUCUGCAGCAGCUAUCAAAAAAGGCGAAUGGGUUUACAGUUGGAGCCCUUUGUGGUUAUGCGGUCAAGGUCUUAAAAAUGCAACUGUGGGGAUAGUUGGCAUGGGAAGAAUAGGUCAAGCUGUGUUAAAAAGGCUUUUGCCAUUUGAAGUGGAAAAGGUUCUGUAUUACGAUGUAUUUCACCCCAUAAAGCCAGCCGAAGAACUCGGGGCAAUAUAUACGCCAUUCGAAGACCUACUGAAGCAAUCUGAUUACGUCGUUGCCAUGUGCAAUCUUUCGGAUGAAACUCGUGGUAUUUUUAAUAAAAAGGCUUUCGAAUUAAUGAAGAAAUCCGCCGUGUUUGUGAAUACUAGCAGGGGUGGAGUUGUGAAUCAAGAUGAUUUGUACGAUGCUCUAAAAAAUGGAGAAAUAAGAGGAGCUGGUCUCGACGUUAUGGUUCCUGAGCCACUGCCAAAAGAUCACAAAUUAACUACUUUACCAAAUAUAGCGCUUCUUCCUCACGUUGCCAGUGCCGAAAUAUCAGUUCGUGUUCUUAUGUCAGAAAUGGCAGCUGGCAAUAUUCUGAAAGCUUUAGCAGGCGAACCUUUAAUUAGUCCGGUAUAUUAAAUUACUACAAGAACGAUUAAAAUCUGAAAGGAAAGGAUUUUAUAUCUGUGCGUUGAAUUUGUAAUGUCUUGUCGAAAUAUGUUGUAAUAUGCCCAUUAAGAAUAAAUAUUUUUGUGAAUGUAA